UUGUUUCGCCGUGGGAGUGCUAGACGCUUAAGCAUCCGGAUCUCAAAAGAGCAUCUACCUCUUCUGGUUUCAACCCGUCCACGAUUCCCGAAACACAUUGUCACAGCUCUCGCUGUUUCCAGUCAUCGACAAAGACAGGGAGACAGGGCUCUCGAAAAUGGCGCCAACGCACUACACUGACCAUGAUGGUGACGUUGAAGGGAGGAGGAACCCCGAUGAGGAGACGCCUCUGUUGGCCCACGACCUGCCGCCAACCCUCGCCCCAAGCAGAGCCUACCAGGUCAAGGUCAUUGUUCUGGCAAUGUCAUUCAUCCUCCUUCUUGAAAUCGGUGCCUAUCUCCAGAUCCCACCGUCCUACCAGCUCAUGGAGGAUAUCAUUUGCCGCAAACACUACCCAGAUCACAUCAUCUCGCAAAAAGACAAAGAUAAUGUCUGCAAGACGGCGCUAAUCCAGGGAGAACUGGCGAUGAUCAAGGGCUGGCAAGCCUCGUUCGAUUGCGUGGCGCCGCUGUUGACGGCCAUCCCAUACGGCGUCAUUGCCGACAAGUACGGCCGCCGGCCAGUGUUAUCUCUAGCCAUGCUGGGCAUCACACUGGAGUUCCUGUGGAUGUUGCAACCGCUCUUAUGGCCCGGCGUCCUCCCCCUUUGGACCGUGUGGUUCGGAGCUGUUUUCCAGUUCAUCGGUGGGGGUACAGGAAUGGUCCAAGCCAUGACAUGGACCAUGAUAUCCGACGUGGUCCCCAUAUCUAGCCUGACGGCUGUUUACUACAAAAUCGGAGCAGUCGUGCUCGGGGGGGAGCUCUUCGUCGCCCCCCUCAGCGCCUAUCUGCUAAGUAAGAACCCCUGGCUCCCUCUCACCAUCGGCAUGGUUCUCUUAAUUCUCGGAACGUGUCUACCGCCUUUCAUUCCCGAGACGCUUGAGCUGCGGCGGGCCGCCGAUGAAGAGGUCGAGCAAACGCUUCACCGGUCCGAAGAUGACGCCAAGGGCAAGCGUACACUCAAGGAGCAGAUCGUCUUUGCGGUGAAGAACGACAUGGGCCACGUCUACAACUUUCUCAUCAGAUCCCGCAGGGUCAUUGGUCUGGUGGCGGGGUUCAACCUGACGAUUGUCGUCAAGUACGUCAAGACGGAUAUCAUGGCGCAGUACGUCCACAACCUGUUUGGUUGGUCUUGGGCAAAGGCAACACUUCUUGGUACGGUAUCGACUGUCACCAACAUGAUCAUGCUGCUCGCCGUCCUCCCGGCGGUGGGUUGGUACAUCACUAAGCGGACGGGCGUGCAUCCACUGAUCCGCGACCUGUGGCUCGUCCGGUUAACGGGUAUUCUCCUGACCCUCGGCUGCUUCAUGGUUGCCAUUGCCUUUGCGCCAUGGUUUCUUAUCGCCGCCCUUAUCAUCUUCUCGACUGGCACUGUCUACACAAACAUUUGUCGAGCAGUGCUUAACGCCGUUGUGGAGCCGCACACGAUUGGCACGCUCAACACAGCCAUCAGCUGGGUGGAACAGAUGAGCCUCCUCGUCUCGGCGCCCAUCAUCUCGGGCUUGCUGAAAGCCGGGAACGCAGCGGGCGGCGUGUGGAUCGGGUUGCCGUACAUGGCGGCGACGCUCAUGGCGAUUGGCGGCACCGUUAUUGCCUUUGCUUACCGCUUACCUGGGGAUAAGAUCCUCUAGGUCUACAUCUGCUGCUGGGCAGGGAAUAUUUGUUAAAGCAUAGUUAAUAUCCGUAUGGGAGCAGUAAACUCCUAUUGCUGUCUCAUGUCCAAGUUAGGAAAUUUUGAAGUUUGAACUAGUCGGCCCCGCGGGCUGCGGUACUAGCGCCCUCAUUCAUAGGCACUGGAUUGACGGUUUUCUUACGAGAUCAACGAUAGAAAACGGCAAACGGGCGAAAUGGUAAGAUCAACUACGUUGGCAUGAAACCCGACCCCUGCCGGUCCGGCCAGUCCAACGACAUCUUAGCCUAGCCUAAGUGCUACUACCCGAACUAUCCUC